AUGGCGCGCGACGCUGGGACCGCGCGUUCGGGCAGAAGGAGCGAUGCCAUGAAGUCGUUCAUGACUAGUCUUGGCCUACGGCCAACCGACGCGGAAGAAUUUGAUGCAAUUAAGUCUUCCAUACGUAAAAUCGCUCUCAGCGUCUUUGUUCAGGGACUAGGAGCUUCUGAGCAAAGCGACCAGAGAUGGUCAACAUUCAAGACGCAUGUUUUGGACCACGUUCCAAUUCUUGUGGCUGCUCCGCCCAGAGCAUAUGAAUGUCUUUACGAUUACACAUCGAAGUUCUUGGCAACGCGUAAACACGGCUUUAAACGACGGCAAGCAAGAUUGGAACAUUCCGUUGCCUACCUAGACAGCAGUGGCGGAGCUGAUGCUUCGCAUCGAGGGCCUUUGACACGGAGAGAUGCUACUUACCGCUUGGCCAGGGCUCGAACUGAGACGCAGACGGUCCCAUAUGAACGUUCACCCUCUCUGGGCGGCGAGCCCGAACCUGAACAGCCAACUGAUGAAGAUGCACCUAGACUCGGCUCGGCUCAAGAUGCUGGAACCCAACCUGUGCAGCCUCCAUCAUGCAACUCUUCUAUGGCCUGGGAGCCAGUCACUCAACCUGAACAGCCAGCUGAUGAAGACGUGCUUAGGCUCAGCUCAGCCCAAGAUGCUGGAGCCCAGCCUGUGCAGCCCCCAUCAUGCAACUCUCCUAUGGACCGGGUGGUAGUCACUCACACUGACACGCGUCGUGCAUCCAGUGAAGAACAUGCCUUGCACUUCGACCUCCGCGCGCACACGACGCAGAUCACCAACCAUGAUGAGACUGUUGAUGAUGAGUCUAGGUCUGCGUCCCGGCCGCGAUAUAGAUCCUCCGAAACGGCAGUUGCUCUAUCGUGUCGCACCACGUCCGCUCAGCCUGAAGAUGUGUCGUCCGACGCAGCGGCACUUAAGGGGAAUCAGCAUAAUCCUGAGUAUUCUGAGCAGCCCACGGCCGAGGGCACGUGGGCUGUCCGCGCCUUCCUCAAUGUUGCAAAAGUACCCCAUCUCAUCCCUCUCUUUUUGUCGCUCGGCGUGUUCUCAACCACCCACCUCGACGUCUUGACAAAAUAUGAUACCAUGAGGCGGACGCGCUUCUUUGGCCCAAACAUCACAUACAUGGACGCUGUGAUGCUCGAAGAUGCAUUUGAGGAAAGAAAAAACAGAGGGCGGCAGGCUCAGGGCGUCGCCGCCCCCGAGCAGAUGGAAAGCGACGAAUUCAUCGACGAUUCAGAGAAAACAGACGAAGCCAUCAACGAUGGCCAAUCUGACGUCUAA